AUGUCUUGCCUUGAUUUAAAAGAUAUAGAAGUUCGAGGGUCUCUUCCUGUGACAAUGGGUAGUAUUUAUGACGACUCUGCCGGCUGCUUGAUUGCUUUGAUCGUGACGUGAGGAGUGGCGCCUGACAUACGGAAACUGUUACUGGGAGUUCACCUAGCUUUCUCCGCUCGCGAUUUUUGUUCUAGGGCUGACAUCUAUACUAAAAAGGACUUCUCCUUCCACCAAUUUAUCAAAAAGCAAUUUCAAAGUGAAUAAAUAUUUUUCGUAUCCGACCUCGUCUUGACUCGCCGAUCUGGUCAAAGGCAUCAUCGACAAUGCUCGUUGCCGCGGUUGACGAGUUCGCAGCAGACCAUCGAUUAUUCAGAAGCAAGUAUAAACUGCGCCUCCAUUGGAUACGGCGGUACGGAACAUGAUGAAUUAUUGGUUUUUCUGAUAAUUAAAAUGAUUGUACGUAGUUUGAAAUUCAAAAGCGAGCUACAUAAGAAGCUGAAUAGUUUGGUAAUAAAAGUCAACAGCGGUAGAUCCGAAAAACUGUGA